AGAACUUGUGAGCUGUAUAGGCUGGAUUACAGCAGAUGAAUUAUACUCCUGUAGUGAAGAUCAUCAGGUAUUAAAAUGGAACCUGCUCACUAAUGAGACCACAGUGGUGGUGAAGCUUCAGGAGGACAUCUACCCCAUUGACCUUCACUGGUUUCCCAAGUCUAUUAGUGGGAAGAAGCAGGCUUUGGCAGAGCUCUUUGCUCUCACCAGUACCGAUGGUAAGUUCCAUUUGCUUUCCAAGUCUGGGCGCAUUGAAAAGAGUGUGGAGGCCCAUCGAGGAGCCGUGCUGGCAGGCCGCUGGAACUGUGAUGGGACCGCUCUUAUUACAGCUGGUGAAGAUGGCCAAAUAAAGAUCUGGUCUAAAAGUGGAAUGCUGAGGUCCACGUUGGCUCAACAAGGAUCGCCUGUGUACUCUGUAGCUUGGGGUCCAGACUCUGACAGGAUACUUUACACAUUUGGCCGGCAGCUCAUCAUCAAACCGUUGCAGCCCGGCUCCAAAUCUCUGCAGUGGAAAGCUCAUGACGGCAUCAUUCUAAAGGUGGACUGGAACUCUGUGAACGAUUUGAUUUUGUCUGGAGGUGAAGACUGUAAAUUCAAGGUGUGGGACAGUUACGGGAGGCCUCUCUACUCUUCCUCCGUUCACGACUACCCUAUCACCUCUGUGGCUUGGUCUCCUGAUGGCGAAGUGUUUGCUGUGGGCUCCUUUAACACCCUCCGACUGUGUGACAAGACAGGGUGGUCAUAUGCUCUGGAGAAGCCUAACACAGGAAGUGUGUUCAGCCUGGCCUGGUCCGCUGAUGGCACUCAGUUAGCAGGGGCGUGUGGGAAUGGCCAGGUCAUCUUUGCUCACGUGGUGGAACAGCGAUGGGAGUGGAGGAACUUUGAGAUCACGCUCACCAAGAGACGCACCAUGCAGGUGAGGAACGUUCUUGAUGACGCGGUGGACGUCCUGGAGUUCAGAGAUCGAGUUAUCAAAGCAUCGCUGUCUCAUGGUCACCUCGUAGUAGCCACUUCUCUCCAGUGUUUAAUCUACAGCACUAAAAACUGGAACACGCCACUGAUCUUUGAUCUGAAGGAGGGCACAGUCAGUCUUAUCCUUCAAGCUGCGAGUCAUUUUCUGUUGGUGGAUGGAGGAGGCAUCUACGUGUACUCCUAUGAAGGACGUCUCGUCUCUGCUCCCAAGUUCCCAGGCAUGAGGACGGAUAUUUUGAACGCACAGACUGUCUCACUGAGCAAUGAUACCAUCGCUAUACGAGACAAGACCGAUGAGAAAGUUGUCUAUCUGUUCGAUGCUCAAACUGGAAAAGCCAUCUCUGAUGGCAAACCUAUAACCCACAAGAUGGAGUUAAUGAAAAUUGCCCUUGACCAGUGUGGACCCUCUACUGACAGGAAGAUUGCUCUGAUUGACAAGAACCGUGACCUUUACCUGACCUCAGUGCGCAGACUGGGCCGAGAGCAGAGCGUGCACAAGAUCGGCUCCAUGGUUCAUACUAUGGCCUGGAAUGAUUCAGCAAACAUCCUGUGUGGGAUCCAAGACAACCAGUUUACGGUGUGGUACUAUCCCAGCGUUGUGUUUGUAGACAAGGACCUGCUACCCAAUGCACACUUGACCAAGGAUGCCAGCGAGUUUGGCCGCUCUCCACACAUCCUUAACUUUGUAGGAACACAGGUGACAGUGAGAAGGGCCGAUGGUUCAUUGUUGUACAGUGGCGUGCCAUCUUACCCUACCAUGCUACAUGAGUACACGAUCUCUAAUCGCUGGCAGGAUGCCGUCCAUCUCUGCCGCUUCGCCAAGGAUCAGGCACUGUGGGCAUGUCUGGCUGGCAUGGCCAUGGCUAGCCGGGAUCUUAACACAGCUGAGGUAGCCUAUGCAGCUCUUAGAGAGUUGGAUAAGGUUCAGUAUAUAAAGUUUAUAAAGGACUUACCCUCCAGGGAAUCUACUCUGGCCCACACACUGCUGUUUUGUGGACAAACACAGGAAGCUGAAGCUAUAUUACUGCAGGCAGGCCUCAUAUACCAGGCCAUUCAGAUCCAGAUUGACCUCUUCAACUGGGAGAGGGCUCUGGAACUAGCGGUGAAGCACAAAACCCAUGUGGACACCGUCCUCGCUCACAGACAGAAGUACCUGCAAAACUUCGACAGAGAAGAGACCAACAAAAGGUUCCUGCAGUACUCUGAAGGGGUGGAGGUGGAUUGGGAGAAAAUCCAGGCCAAGAUUGAGAUGGAGCUUGCCAAAGAGAAGGAGUGAGCAGCCAACUCCUCAGUCAGGAGCAGCACACUCUCUCACCGCUAAAAAGCCAGCAUUUCUCAGCAUCUCCUGCAGGACCAGUGAGCUCACAGCUGGCUUCAAAUCAGCCGCUCAUUUGUGCAGCGCGAUGCUGCUAGCAUGUAAAUAGGGGUAAAAUGAAAACGCAUAUACAGUUAUAUUUUACACACACUUCAAAGCCUUAUUUAUUGAAAUAUGAUGUGUAUUUUCUGUUUAAUAAACGUAAACAUCAAAGCAAA